CAGUUAAAAAAAUUCCUUUUUUAUUCCACCCUUGAAAAAAUGAAGCAGAUUAAUCCUAGAUAUGAUACACAUGAUAUGUGAUAUACUAUAUAACAUGCAUGACAUAUUAAUAGGCUCUUGUCUUCCUUUAUUUACUUUACAUUUAUUCUUAAUAACUCAUUUGUACAAAUGCGUUUGUUUGUUAUGUCUCCCCUGCCUUGAGGGCAGACUAACCUUUUGACUUUUUGUAUCCUUGGCGCCCAGCCCAGUGCUGGCACAACGCAGGUGUUUGGUUGUUGUUUUGUCCUUCAUUCUCAAAGAGAACCAAGUGAAAUGGUUUGCGUGAAGGAAGGCGAUAAAGUGCAAAGUCACCGGGUGCCCCUUUUUCUCCAGAACCACCUGGGUCCAGAGCCAAGGUAAAGAUCAGGAGGAAUGCAGUUGGUGCUUAAUAAAUGUUUACUGAAUGAUUGAUCUAUACCCACACGUGUACAUGAAUAUAAGUGUGUAGCCAUAGAAACAAAACCAUGUAUACGCACACGCCAUAUACACCGUGCACAUAAUCUAUGAAUACUUACAUAUAUACAUGCUUAUAUGUGUGUAUAUACACAUACACAUUACAAACUACUUGGAGAGGUCUGAUUCUGGGGUUAUCCAAUGGCCUGCUUUCUGUACUCAGAAACAGUCUGAGAGGAAUGAACAAUAACAUAUUUUUGAGUUAUAUGUAUAUAUGUACACACGUACGCAUAUACAUAUAUUAUAAGUAUCACUAUCCUUCCAUUCAUCUUUUGAUCCUGUCCAUUUAUCAUCUAUCCUUCUAUCUAUCUAAUCUAUCUAUCCAUCCAUCAAUCCUUCCAUACAUCCAUCUAUUUAUUUUUCUAUCCAUCUAUCCUAUUUUUCUUUCUAUCUAUCCAUCCAUCAAUCCUUCCAUACAUCCAUCUAUUUAUUUUUCUAUCCAUCUAUCCUAUUUUUCUAUCUAUCCAUCCAUCAAUCCUUCCAUACAUCCAUCUAUUUAUUUUUCUAUCCAUCUAUCCUAUUUUUCUAUCUAUCCAUCCAUCAAUCCUUCCAUACAUCCAUCUAUUUAUUUUUCUAUCCAUCUAUCCUAUUUUUCUAUCUAUCCAUCCAUCAAUCCUUCCAUACAUCCAUCUAUUUAUUUUUCUAUCCAUCUAUCCUAUUUUUCUUUCUAUUUAUCCAUCCAUCAAUCCUUCCACAUACUCAUUUAUCUAUUCUUCUAUCUAUCCAUCCAUCCAUUCAUCUAUCUCCUCUAUCUAACUGUCCAUCCAUCCAUCAAUCCUUCCAUUUAUGCAUCCAUCUCCUGGUAGUUUUUAAGACAGAGGAAUAGGGUUUCACUGGAAGCUUAGGAAGUCAGGGUGGAGUCAGAGACCUGAGUUCAAAUCCCAGCUCUAUCACCUGUGGUUUGUACGACUUUGGGUAUAUCACCGACUCUAGGGGUGAUUUAGUUUCCCCAUCUGUAAAAUGGGCUGCUGUAGUUUGUUCGUGCUUGAGGAGGACCAGAAUGACGUCAUGUCUGGCCAAUGGCCAGUGCGUCUGGUGCGCAUGCUCCCUUCUUGGAGCCACAGAUAAGAGCUGGGGUUAGCUGGGUACCAAAGGUGGAGGGCAGCCCCGGGAAGGGCUCCCACCAAGUCAGUUCUCCUGAACACGCCAUGCAAUCCUGUACAAUGGGUAGACCGGGGCUCCUCCAGCUCUAAAUCUCCCAUCCCGAGUGUGAACUUCAGCUCUUCCUUCCCUACUUGGAGUCUCAGUUUCCCCUUAAUGUCAAAUAAGAGGCCGGUCCCAGCAUUCCCCCGGCAAAAAGCAGAAGGGGACGUUUCCGCAGCGGAACCUCAAGAGCCGGGCGCCCGGGGCGUGGGGAACAAGUUUUUGAACGCACGCGCACUCGCCCUUGCCCAGGUGAGGGUCCCGCCAGGACUUCCCGGCGCCUAGUCCCUGACCGGUCGGGGCGUGACGUCAGUGCCCGCUGCGUAUCCCCUCCCCUCGGCGGCCGAACGUAACGUACUUCUCUUUUUAGCAGCCGAGGCAGCGGGCGGCGACGGCGGGGGCUGCAGCCUUGAACCUAGAUAAAUAUAGAUGAAAUGUUUAUCAGCUUGAAGCCUCUCCAUAUGAGCUUGUCAUUCCAGCGUCUAGUUCAUGCCCUGACCUAUUAUCGGCAGGGUUCCUUAAGACUCAGAAAGCAUGGCCAUCUCAGAAACCAUCUGCACACAACCAGAGCAACCUAUUCAGAAAAGAUUGCUCCAGUGUUCACCAGAGCUUUGGCAUAUGGGGACAAAAUCGCCCUGGUUGACCACCGUGGACAGUAUACAUACAAAGACCUUUACUACAAAAGUCUUCGUUUGUCCCAGGAAAUAUGCAAGAUUCACAACUGCCCCAGCGGAGACAUUAAGGGAGAAAGGAUCUCCUUCAUCUGCUCCAAUGAUGUGUCUUAUGUCAUUGCCCAGUGGGCAUCCUGGAUGAGUGGAGGUAUUGCUGUUCCUUUGUAUAAGAAGCAUCCAGCAUCUGAGCUGGAAUAUGUCAUUCGGGAUUCCCAGAGCUCUUUGGUCAUUGCGGGCAGUGAGUAUGUGGAUCUUUUAACUCCCAUUGUUAACAAGAUAAGGGUAUCGUUUUUGCCCCUUACAUCCACAGUCUAUGAAGGAGUAGCAGAUGAACUAACCCAAGAGUGUGCCCCUCAAUUGGAGUGGAAAGAUAGGGGGGCCAUGAUCAUCUACACAAGUGGGACGACGGGCAGACCUAAAGGAGUCCUAAGUACACACCAGAAUCUAAAAGCAGUGAUAACGGGACUUGUUGACAAAUGGGCAUGGACAAAAGAUGAUGUGAUCCUUCAUGUGCUUCCAUUGCACCAUGUCCAUGGUGUGGUCAACAAGAUGCUUUGUCCAUUCUGGGUAGGGGCUACCUGUGUCAUGCUGCCUGAAUUCAAUGCCAAAGUGGUUUGGGAAAAAUUUCUAAGUUCUGAAAAGCCACGGAUCAAUGUUUUCAUGGCAGUGCCUACCAUUUAUUCCAAAUUGAUGGAUUAUUAUGAUAAACAUUUUACCCAGCCUCAUGUCCAGGAUUUUAUACGUGCAGUCUGUAAAGAGAAAAUCAGGUUAAUGGUGUCGGGAUCUGCUGCCUUACCGGUACCUGUCCUACAGAGGUGGAAGAAUCUUACGGGGCACACUUUGCUAGAGAGAUAUGGAAUGACAGAGAUUGGAAUGGCACUGUCCAACCCCCUGAAGGGUACUCGUGUCCCAGGUGCUGUGGGUACUCCAUUACCUGGAGUGGAGGUGUGCAUUGUCUCUGAGAACUCCAGGAAUGAAGACUACCCGUACCUCAUUCAUGCCCAAGGAGACCAGAAUGGAACUAAGGUGACUGUGGGCUUGGAAGACAAAGAAGGGGAACUUUUGGUGAAAGGUCCAACGGUGUUUCGAGAAUAUUGGAACAAGCCUGAAGAAACCAAGAAUGCUUUCACAGCUGAUGGCUGGUUUAAAACAGGAGAUACAGCUAUAUAUAAGGAAAACAGGUAUUGGAUCAUGGGCCGGACAUCUGUGGACAUCAUUAAGAGUGGGGGAUAUAAAAUUAGUGCUCUGGAAGUGGAGCGCCACUUACUGAGCCAUCCGAGUAUCCUGGACGUGGCUGUCAUCGGCGUUCCAGAUAUGACAUGGGGCCAACGGAUUGCUGCCGUGGUCAAGCUUCGUGAAGGCCAGUCACUUUCUUGCAAGGACCUGAAAGAAUGGGCAAGAGGAUACAUGGCGGCCUAUACCAUCCCUUCUGAAAUUAUGUUAGUCAAGGAAAUCCCACGGAACCAGAUGGGGAAAAUCAACAAAAAAGAUCUACUCAAACAGUUUUACCCUGCCUGACAGAUCCAAGGCCUGGCCUCCAGCUAAAGCCAAAAUGACCGGGGCCCUCUUCAUCAGAGUUUGAAGCUCUUGGAAGUCUUCCCAACUCUUCACCAUGACGUACCUUUAAUAACACAAUGCUCUUCUACGGUUGGACCUUGGAAAGAGGCAAGAACAGAGACAUCUCUUUUAAUCACCUGUUUCAGAGCUGCUUAAACAGAAUUAAGCAAUGGAGUAUUAGCUUUAAUCUGAUUUUUUCUACAGUCUUAUUAAAUGCAGAGCAGUCAAAAUGCUUUCCCCUCCUACCUUUCUUAGAAAAAAAGGCCACUUUUCAUGUUCUCCUCCCAAUCAGCAUCUGAGGAUGUUUUAUCAAUCUUGCUUUUUUAAUAAGCCUCCGAUGUGUCAAUAGCAGAACUCCAGCAUAAAGGUUCUCUAUAGAAGAGGAAAGUCAGCUAAGGGGCUGCUGGGAUACUUUUCCCCUCAAAUGCCUCUCCACCCCUCCUCUGGCUCUGGUCAUCCGAGGCUUUUGACUAGUGGGGAUGGCGGCUAGUUUCCAAGUGCUUUGGAGUGGAGUGCCCCUAUCAGUGGGAGUCUCCCCAGCCCAUCAAGCACUACCAAUGGAAAGCUGACCUGUACAGGAGCGACAGGAGGAAAGCCCUGUUUUCCCUUCGAGCUCCACCCUCACCACUGACCCAUCCACCAAACCUGGGCCCAUUAAGGGCUUCAUUAAGGACAGGCCAUGCAGUCUCCCAGACUCUUGGCUCUUUACAGGGUAAUAGGUACAGUGAUAAGAUAUUUGCAGUUUAAGCCUGGGAUAAUUUCUCCUAAACCAGAAUAUAGGCUAAGUGGUCAUUACCUCAGCAAGUUAAUUCUUGGGCUAAGCAGCCCACCCCGCAGACCAUUAGGAGUCACUUCUGUAUCAUCCUCCAAUAGGAGCAAAAGUGUGGGUGACACCAUUAAACUACAGAGUAAAUAGCUGGCUUGACACCUUCAUUUCCUGGGGAGCUAACUUCCUCAUUGCCUAUGUAGGAACUUGGGGGGGGAGCAGAGCUCUCAUUCCCUUCCCCGCUCCCAGCCUCCUCUCUCUGGGAUGCUCAUCUUCCAUACUGUUUAUAUCGUUCAGCCUCAGGCCAUAUGCAACUCAUCCCCAGAUGAAAUUGCUGUUUAAAUUAAACUUCUCUCCUUAGCCAUCUUCA